UCCCGCUGCUCCCGCUGCUCCCGCUGCUCCCGCUGCUGCGGGUCCCGGCGGCCCUGGCAGCCGGCUCGGAACUGGGUGGCCCCAACCCGAAUGCAGCCGGGAGCCCCUCCAGCGACCUCUGUGAGGCCGGCCAGUACGUCAGCGCGGACUGCACCAUGGGCCAGGCCUUAAGGUGCUGUCCGUGCCCACCCGACUCCUUCCUGGCCCACCCCAGCAGGGCACAGUCCUGCUCGCCGUGCACGCAGUGCCGGGAAGACCAGGAGAUGGUGAGUGACUGCACCCCGACACAGGACCGGCGGUGCCAGUGCAAGACCGGGGAGUUCUACUGCGACUCUGAGCAUUGCCUUGAGGGCUGCUACCGCUGCACCAGCUGUCCCGGCGCCACCCUCCUGACCUGCACCCCCACGAGGGACACCAUGUGCGCCCCAGCAGCCCAGCCAGAGCCAGGACCCCCAGCCGGUUCCCUGUCUGUCAGCGCCUUGGCUGUGUCUGUGGUUUGCAUCGGCAUUGUCAUCAUCGGCAUCGCCAUUGCCAUUGGCAUCCCCAUUGCCAUCCCCUGGUGGAGAAGACGAGGUAAGCGGAGGAGAGCGCUCCGGACGGGAGAGCAGCAGCGCGGCCGGGGUCCCGGCAGGUUCUUGACCGGCGUUUUCCAUUUAAAAUACAGCUGCGCUCACUUCCUUAUUCAUUUUUAAUAUAUUUUUAUUGAUGUCAGAGAAGAAGGGAGAGGGAGAGGGAGACAUCCAUGAUGAGGGAGAAUCAUGGAUCGGCUCCCUUCUGCACGCCCCACACUGGGGAUUGAGCACACAUCCUG